CCUCGCGUAUACCCAGUCACCUUUCUCUCUUCGUGACCGUAGCAUAUGUUUUGCGAACGUCGAUGGCGCUCUCGUGGCUUUGAAAACGGCGCUAUCAUUAACGCUAGUCCAUCAACACCAUCAUCGUUCCAAAAUCUAUCCUCAAAAUUCGUGUGCUAUAAUAAGAACAAAUUAAUUAAAUAUAAUAAAUCUUUUCGCGUGUGUGUCACACUCACGCAUCUAUAUAUACGAUUAAGAACGUUGGCUUUUAUUCGUUAUAUAGACGUGAUAAUAUUUCAAUUUUUUUUCUCUAUUUAUCGUUCGCGGUUUGACAGAUAUAUAGAGAAUUUUGAUUAUAACGUUGAAAAAUAAUAUUCGAGAAGAUGAUACUCUUCAGUGGUCUUUUGCUCUUCCUUGCUGUAUUCUCGAGAGUUGGUUGUACUAGAAACACACCAAGAAGUGCGAGAGCUAGUAGAAAUGACGCAGCAUUGGAAUUUGAAUGUCCUGAAGAAUUUGGUUAUUAUCCUCAUCCACGAGAUUGUACGCAAUAUUAUGUUUGCGUUUUUGGUGGAGCUUUGCUAGAAUCUUGCACUGGCGGUUUGAUGUACAGCCAUGAAUUGCAAACGUGCGAUUGGCCACGUAACGUUGGCUGUCCAGAAGGUGGUUUGGUCAACAAGGAGAUCGAUGAGGAUCCGCUGUUAGAAAGGUCUACGAAAAUUGAGACGUUGCAACAACAACAGCAGCAACAACAACAACAACAACAAGCCCAACAACAGCAACAUCAUCAACAACAACAGCAUCAACAACAACAGCAUCAAUCUGUGCCAAGACCGAGUCAAAGACAACCGAUUUUGAUUACUUCAACAGCUUCCCCAGCACCUCAGACAACCGAACGACAAUACCGUCAACGACAACAAGCUAGAAAUUAUCCCGAGGACGAUUACGAACCACCUAGUGAGAUUGAAAGUGACAGACAACAACGUGUCUACAGAGGACAACCUUCGACAAUAGGACAAGUGCAACGUGACCGUGAUGGACUUCGUAGAAACAUCAUAUCUGAAAGAGAAAAGGAUAGUCUGGUGAAUGCACGCGUUCAAGCGGAAUCUCAUUACAGGACACAAGUACCUUCAACGGAAUCUUCUAGAAUUGCUAAAACUUUGGCAUCAACAGCAUCACCGAUCAUAUCGAAAUCAUAUUACAAUGAUCCUGAUCAAAGUUAUCCUUAUUACACGAUUUAUGAAGAUGACGUUUCGAUGUACAAAGAUGAUGAUUACAAUCAAUACACGGUGAAUCAAACGGUUCCUUUGCAACAACCUAAUGUGAAAAUUAGCGAAGUUAGCACGAAGCAAUAUCAACAAAAAUCAAAAAAAGUUAGUGUCAAUGAUGCUGAUAGAUAUAAUUUGAAUCAUGACGUUACUGCACAAGAUUAUGAUAUUUAUGAGAAUCAGGCUCAAUUAAACAAAAAUAGAUUUAGAAUUUCCGAAGGACAAUCACCUUUAAGAACGAACGUUGUGAGCCAUCCUGUGGUUCACGUGACGACUCCAAAUGCCAUCGUUGACACAUUUGUUCCAUUGACGACUACAACUCAAGCACCUACGACAAGUGCUAGGCCUUAUACCGUUAGUGUUUCAAGUCGUGGUCGUCCACAACAAAUCAAUCGAGGAACUGCACCACCUCGUUCACGGCCAACAUUGAAACCAUCGACGGAGAUAGUUUCGAAGGCCCAAGAAUUCAUCGAUAUCUACAGAUUCCCACCGGUUAGACCAGCUCCGAUUUAUCCGACACCUCAGGUCGACAAGCCGGCUGCAAAAUGCCGAAGGGACGUUUGUCUACUUCCGGAUUGCAGUUGCGGAGGCGCUGACAUUCCAGGAGGAAUUGCUGCUGAGGAGACACCACAGAUCGUCCUUCUAACGUUCGACGAUGCCGUUAAUGAUCUUAACAAACCGUUGUACAGUGAUUUGUUCGAAAAUGGCCGUAAGAACCCAAACAACUGCCCGAUCACUGCUACAUUCUAUGUUUCUCACGAGUGGACAGAUUAUAGCCAGGUGCAGAAUCUUUACUCGGACGGUCAUGAAAUGGCAUCUCAUACGGUCUCGCACAGUUUUGGAGAACAAUUUUCACAACGUAAAUGGGCAAGAGAAGUAGCUGGACAACGUGAAAUUCUUUCGGCAUAUGGUGGUGUCAAAUUGGAAGAUGUCAGAGGAAUGAGAGCUCCAUUUUUAUCGGUCGGUGGUAACAACAUGUUUAAGAUGUUGUGGGAUACAAACUUCACUUAUGACUCUUCUAUGCCAAUUUAUGAGAACAGACCACCCAGUUGGCCUUACACGUUAGAUUAUAAACUGUUUCAUGAUUGUAUGAUACCACCGUGUCCUACCAGAUCUUAUCCUGGAUUGUGGGAAGUUCCUAUGGUAAUGUGGCAAGAUCUGAACGGUGGUAGGUGUUCUAUGGGAGACGCUUGUAGUAAUCCACCAACUGCCGAUGGUGUCUACAAGAUGCUUAUCAAAAACUUCGAAAGACAUUACACGACUAACAGAGCACCAUUCGGUCUAUUCUACCAUGCUGCAUGGUUUACUCAACCCCAUCAUAAAGAAGGUUUCAUCUCUUUCCUUGACACAAUAGUUGCCAUGGAUGAUGUUUGGGUUGUAACGAAUUGGCAAGCUAUUCAAUGGAUCAGAAAUCCAACGCCUCUUGCACUUUUGCAUAAUUUUGAACCUUUCAGUUGCAAUUUUGGAGAUCGACCAAAGAAAUGUAACAAUCCGAAGGUUUGCAAUCUUUGGCACAAAAGUGGCGUUAGAUACAUGAAAACCUGUCAAGCUUGUCCAGAUAUUUAUCCAUGGACGGGUAAAACUGGUAUUAGGAGCAGUCGUAUCGAUAACGAAAUCGAUACACACGAAUGAAAUGGCAAAAUCAAUCAACGUGGCAAUCGAGACCCACCAAUAAGGAUGAAAGAGCCAAAAUGAGAAAAAUCAUAUACACACAACACACAUACACAUACACAGAUCCAUACACAUAAAUCAUCUCAGUGUUGUUCUUUUAUUUCUCGUUCCUUUGAACAAAUCGUUCGAGUACGCCAAGUUGAUUUAAUCCUCUUUUAAUUAUUUUUCCUACUUUUACACUACUUAUUUUUGUUUUCUUUUAAUUUUCCUAAUUUUUUUUUAAUCAAUGAGAAAACAAUUUGAUCAAGCUAGGCUAAAAUUUUGUCGAUUUUGGUGGGUCUGCAAAGUUUUUAAAUCAAAAGAACAAAAAAA